AUGAAGCAAACUUAAUAUUUAGUGUUGUAGAUGUAAUCAACCAAUAAAUUAAUAUCGAAUUACUAUCAAAUCUAUUAAUAUAACGAAUCUUUAUAUAUAGGUUUUCAAUCAAGUUAUGAAGCCAACAUAAUUGUAAGAAUAUAAUAAAUCAAUUCCAAUUAAUGCAUUUUGUAAAUAAUUUGUUUAAUAUCAGGAAUUGCUAGAAUGGUACGGAAUGUAAAUACUAAUUUUGUAGUUGUAAUCUUUAUUAAAUAGGUUAAGAUUGCAAUCUUAUAAUUGAUGAUCUAACUACACAAUAAAUAUUUUAGGGUGGAAAGAUUUAUUAUGUUGACGUUCAAAAAAUUCAAAAGGAAAAUGAAGAAAUUUUAUUAUAAUUUUAAAAUUCCACUUCAUUUUAUGGAUUUUGCAUAACUUAAAAUUUCAAUAUAAAUUAAAUAAGUAAUUAAACAAACAAGACUUUGUAUAUUUCAAUUGAUUAAAUCAAAUAAUGUCACAAUAAUGUGUUAAAUUUAAAAGAAUAAUUUAAUUAUACUGUAAACUUUUAUUAUUUAGUAUAUUUUAAUUCAAAUUACUUAAUCUACUUGGAGAGUCCUGUUCAAAAUAGUGAUAAUUAUUUACUCAUAAUAGUUUUGAGUACUAUUCUAUCAGUAGCUACAAUUUGCUUUAUAUUUUGUAUUAUCAAAUCAAAAUGUUAUAAAAAAUAAAAUGGAUAAAAGAAAAGUGAAUUAAAAUAUGAGAUUAAGAAUGUUCCAUCUUUAAUAGAGAAAUUCUUUCCUUCAUAAGAAUUUUUAGCACUUCGAAAUAAAUGCGAGAAAUUUAUUACACUCAAUCAAUGCCUGAUUUGCCUUGACAUUUUUUAUGAUGAAUCGCCUGUAAGAGUCACCUAUUGCAAUCAUAUCUUCCAUACGUCUUGUUUCGAUAAAUGGAUGAAUAUACAUAAAGUAAUGUGAUACCAAUAUCUACAGAGCUGUCCUAAUUGUAGGAGUUUAUUUGACUAGGAAUCCAUAUUAAAAUAUUACAUUUCCAAUAAGAAAGAUUCUGAUAUGCUUUAAUGGAGUAGUAGAACAGACGAGAUUAAAAUAAAUUUAAGACCACUUAUUAAUGAGACAUAACAACAACAACCUUAAGUUUCUUAAUUAGAUUCUUAGAGAAACAUUUAAGCUUUUUGA